AUGGAACUAAGUGACCCAUCUAUUAUGUCAUCAUCAUUACGUGUAGCACCAGAGUCUCAAUCUGAAUCUAUUCAUACUACGACUAAUGUAGUUGUUCCCUCUGGUCAGGAAGCUGAUUUACAACAGUUUAUCAAGUUUCUAAGGAACAAAAAUGAUUCUUCAAAGACUAACGGAGAUCCAUCCUCUGCGAGUGAUGAAUUCCAUGAGAAUCAUACAGAAACUAUCGAGUCCAUUGUUGACUAUAAACCAGAUACAUCAACUGGCUCAAAGAUAUAUGUUUACAGUAUUAAUGAACUAUUAAAUAUCAAAAAAACUAUUCCAAAGGAAUACACUGAAGAGAAGGCCGAAUCUUUACCAAGAAAGAAAUUUUGGAGGUUAUAUCAAAAAUUCCCUGAUAAUGGUAACAAUAAAUCGAAUUACAGAAACAAUCAAAAUAAUAACCCAAACAAUAGUAGUAAUAAUAAUAACAAUAAGUCCAGAACAUAUUCUAAUGAUGUAAACUCUAAUGAAAGAAGAAAUAACAAUAGAAACAAAAAUGGAAGAAACAUUAACAACCACGCAAAUGGACCUGGGAAUAAAAAAAAUUCUAAUAAGUCCAUGGCCUUGACCAGUGAUGAACUUGAAUUCGAUGCAAACUUUGAAUCUUCAGGAAAUGCCAUUGCGGAUUUCGAAGCUUGGAAAUCUCAAAUGAAAGAAAUGGAACGCCAGAAGAAAUUUGGAGGUGCCAAUUCCACUACUUCCUCGUCUUCAUCUACAGCUCCUAAUAUGACUGGAAACUCUAACAAAAAUGACAGUUCAUCAACAGGUAGUAGUAAACCAACAAUUGCUCAAUCAAGUAUAAUAUCUGAUUUCUUAAAUCUAUCAAAGAACGACAACAAUAAUACAUCUUCUCAAAUGAAUACUGGGAAUAUCAUUGCUAACGAAGAUACUAAUGCAACUAAUCUAUCCUCUCAAUACAAGGCAUUAGAAGUCACCACUUCGGAACAAGGACAAAAAACUACCGGCUCAGAAGACAAUAAAACCGAAAUGCCUCAAGCUGAUCGUUCGGACAAUAAAUUGCCAACUGAUUUAUCAAGGAGUUCUUCUUCGAGGUUUACCUCUUUCUUUUCGAAUGCUUCUUCAUCGUCUUCGUCAAAACCUUUAGAGACUCAAUUGAAGAACUCGAAUACUAACGAACAACAAGAUAUGCAUGAUACUGAACAGAUAAAGACUUCACAGCAGCCGGCCAUACAGCAACAGAACAAACCGGCAAGUAGCUCAAGAUUAAUGGGAUUUUUCAACAAACCUUCUGCACCAGACCAAAAUGUAUCACCACAGGGUCAACAAGGAAACUUACAGACUUCCAAUAGAUUGCUACCAUCUCAACAGCCGCAACAACAACAGCAUUCGCAGCCUCAAAUGGCUAUGAACCUGCAAAUGAAGCAGCCAUUACAACCAAUGGGCAUGCAACCAGGAAAUAAUGUAUUUUUCCAAAACUUAUUAAACAAAAAUAAAAAAGCUGAAGAAAACAACCAGAUUCAACAAAAUAAUGGUAACCCUAAGAAUGGACAAUUUAAUCAAAUGCAAAUACCCCCUCCAGGUAUGGUAGGUCCACCAAUGGGUCAUCCAGUGCAAGUAUUACCCCCUGGUUUAAAUAAUUUCAAUAAUAAGGAUAAGAAAAGCAAGAAUGACAAUGCUCAGAAUUUGCCUAUGCAAAUGCCUCCUCACAUGGGAAUGCCACCAUCACAUAUGAUGCAAGGAAAUUUCAACAUGCCUCCACCUCCAGGUUUCGCUGGAUUCACACCUCAAGGUCCAAAUUUCCAGAUGCCUAUCUCCGAUAAUGGUAAGGGUCGUAAAAAUUCUAACAAAGACGACUCUCAUAAAUCCAAGGGGAAUACAGGCCAACUUCCUCCACAACAGUUCAUGCAAAUGAUGGGUCCACCUCCUCCAGGGUUUUUGCCCAUGCAAGGCAUGCCACCAAAUAUGCCAUACCCUCCAAAUGGAAUGAUGCUUCCAUCUUAUCCUCCUCAACCGAAACAAAAUGGCAAGGAUAAUAAAGACAUCCAAAUGAAUCAUCAACAAGGAUUUUUUCCACAACAAAUGCCUCAAAAUCUCAAUUUCCCAAUGAAUCCAAACAUGCCUCGUCCCUCAAACCAACAGAGAUCAGGUCCUGUUCUAAAUCAAAAUAAGAAAUAG